GUUUCCUAGAGACGUUUUUCCUGUUUACCUGCAACCAUGGUGACGAGUUAAGAAACACAAAACGAUUGUUGGGAUAAUACGCAGUACAGUAAGUGUUUAUAACGGGCAACUGAUGUUUGACAGCAAAAUGCUACCUGAAGUAUUCAACAGUGCCACACUGAAUUUUGAUGACAGUGGGCUCAGAUGGAUCCCCAAUGAAAUCUUGCUGAUGCAAAAUGUGAAGGGCCUCUCUUUAGUAAAGAAUGACAUUAAAACAUUGCCUGAAGAACUAGGAAAUCUUACUGAUCUGGAAAUGUUGUCAGUACAGGAUAACAAACUCACCUCAAUUCCAACCAAUAUCCAGUUCUUACACAACCUCAGAGCUCUAGACAUCAGCAAUAACCACAUUUCCAGGCUUCCUGACGAAAUGUGCCUCCUUAAGAGCAUAAAACAACUGUUUGCUAGUCAGAACAGUCUUGAACGACUGCCUGUGUUAUUUGGAGGUCUACUGUCAUUAGAGGUUCUCGGUCUGAGUUCAAAUAGAUUGACCUCUUUGCCGCAGUCUAUGUUAAACCUGCAAAACCUUCAUGUAAUAAAUAUGAACUCCAACAACUUCACAUCACUUCCGCAGGUUAUCUGCCACCUCCCAAAGCUCAUCAAGCUCGGCCUUUCAGGAAAUCAAAUUCAGAGCUUGCCAAAAGAAAUUUCAGAGUUGGCAAGUUUAAGAGAGCUUUCGCUGAAUAACAACAAGCUUACCUUUUUACCUGUGCAGCUCUUCCGCUUGUCUAACUUGGAAGAGCUCCACUUGUGCGGGAACCGCUUGACAGCGAUUUCAAAUGAAGUGGGAAAAUUACAGGAGCUUCGGGUUCUGCGACUCAAUGAUAAUAACAUUAGGAUCAUUCCGGAAAAGAUCUGUGAGUGUACUAAUUUGCAGCAUCUUGCUUUCAGUGGAAACCUGGUAACUCAACUUCCCAGGAACAUAGGCACAUUGGCCAGUCUCCAAGAACUAUUAGUCAGCAAAAAUCAACUGCAGUCUUUACCUGAGGGGCUCUCCCAUCUGAAGGACCUCUCUGUGUUAGAUUCUGCAGGGAAUGUACUCAUGCACAUUCCUAUUGAAAUAAGUACCUGCAUUCUCAUAACCAGGGUGGACUUGAGCAGUAAUCAUCUUUAUGACUUUCCUGAAGUCCUGUGCUUGAUCCUUUCUCUAAAACAUCUGAAUUUGAACAACAAUGUAAUCUCUGAGAUAUGUGCGGAUAUAGCUGGCAUUGAAAACUUGCAGCACAUUGAGUUCAGCGGAAAUAAGCUUUCUUCCUUCCCCGUCCAUGUUUGCAAGCUGCACUGCCUCUGUUACUUAGAUCUGAGCAGAAAUUCAAUAGAUAGUGUUCCGGCUGAUAUUCAUGCCAUGGUGUCUAUCCAAGUGCUCUUGUUACAGAGAAACAGGUUUGAUGUUUUCCCACUUGAGUUGUGCAGCCUUAAGAGCCUGCAGGUGCUUGACCUUUCUGUAAAUCAAAUACAGAGUAUUCCUGUGGAAAUAAACGGUAUAGAGAACCUUAUAGAACUCAACCUUUCAAACAACCAUUUCAGAGCCUUCCCAGUUCAAACGUGCCAGCUCAAAUCUUUACAAAAACUUUACAUCUGCCAAAACAACAGUUUCAAGAUUACAUCACUUCCAGAAGAACUGUCAGAACUCCCUAACCUCAGGGAACUUGAUGUUUCUGACAAUGCCUUAAGUGCUAUGCCACACAGUUUUGGAGAGCUCCAGAAUCUGGUCAAGCUGACAGUCAAUAACAAUCGCCUCAGCCAGCUGCCAAGAUCUGUUGUUUCUAUUAAAAGUUUACAACAGUGCAGUUUAAAAGGGAAUCAGCUGCAGUCAUUACCCAGUGAUCUGGGACAGAUGCAGUCAUUAAGAGAGCUAGAACUUGAUGGGAACCCACUUACCAGGCCGCCUGGGGGGGUCUGUGAUGGAAAGCAGCUAUAUCCCAUUGUACAGUACCUGAGAAGUGCUGUCGUAAGGGAUGGUAUGUGUCCAUCAAUAGGAAAUACAGGAAUCAGACAUAAUAAAAAAAUAUUACAGAAAAUCUUCAUAUUUGUUGCAAAUAACAUCGCAGAUGAGGAUUUUAAAUACUUCUGUAUGAAACUGAGAGUGCCAGAGAGUGAAAUUGAAUCUCAAGUAAAAUUACGGACCUUGUUGCUGAGGGAGAAGACAUUGCAUGUUCUGACCCAUUGGAGACAAAGAAGCCAGGAAGGCAUAGGAGCUGCUGAAGUGGCAGACCAUUUACUGAGAAUACUGAUCAUGGCUGAUUUACACUACCUUACAACAAGGGUCAAGGCCAUAAUCAUUUAUGCAAAAGCAAUCAAACUCUGACACUUUUGAUUUGUUCUUUCUGAUCAUAGUUAGUAUGUAACUAAUAUAUUUCACAAGAAAUAAGAAAUGAUAUGAUUGUAAUUGAAUCUCGUAAUAAAUGUCUGCUCACAAAUCAAAAUGAGUGCUGUGAUUUAAAAGCAAGUUGAGCCCUUAUUUAAAAGGAUGA